AUGUCUUCGCAAAACAACCCUCUCGUUAUCCACGUUGUGAUAUAUACAGAACCGUCUCUCAGUCCCCAUGAGUCCCAUGUUGCUCUUUCAGUUCAAGUGGAAGUCACAGGCAAAUUCUACGUUUUCCACGCGGUCGAGGAUAUCUCAACAGAAUCAGAAAUGAAGUUUGAGAGAUCGGAAAGGGAUCGAAACCCCCUGGGAACUAAAACCCCACACCAAAGCAUUGUGUUACAAACUUCUACCCCUGAGAGCCAAUUCGAGUCGCUUUCGGCCGUGUUGGCUGCUACUCCUGUUCCUAGACCUAAGCCAACAGACUGGAACUGCCAGUCGUGGAAACGGAGUGUCCGGUUCUGUGUCUGGCCGCUGUCAUUUAACCCGGAAAUUGCCAUGAACGUACCUACAACUGAGGAGGACCUGCGAUCUGCUACAUGGAUUGUUGGCGAGCGUGGGAAAUCAACUGGUGUAUAUGUCACGGUAUCUGGUAUAUUAGUCAAAUAUGGCCACCACGUCCGGAGCCAACGAGAACGACAGACCAUGGAUUUUGUCCGCGAAAAUUGUCCUCAAGUACCUGUUCCGAAGGUGUUUGGUUCUUGGAAAGGAGAAGAUGGCGUGGAGUACUUGGCAAUGUCAAAGAUGCCGGGAACGAUGCUGAGCGAGGCCUGGACGGCCAUGGAGAAAGGCGAAAAGGAAUCAGUUCUACGGGACCUGCGAACUAUCUUGGAUCAUUUUCGGGAGCUACGUGCCCCAGCGGGUGCUUUGAUCGGGUCCAUUGAUGGGGGGCCAGCUGCUGAUUGCCGGGCACGCCAUACUGAAUUCGGUGGGCCAUUCAGGACUGAAUCAGAAUUCAACGAAUGGCUAGUAUCCCUGAUACACCCCGAAUCUAUGCAGUUUCAUUCCUCGUUCUACUUAGAGACGAUUCGAGGUUCCCUGAAAUGCAACCACCAACUGCGAUUCACCCAUGGUGAUCUCGGACUUCAUAAUAUCCUAGUGGAAAAUGGGCGGAUUACGGCGAUUAUAGAUUUUGAGUUUGCCGGAUGGUAUCCGGAAUACUGGGAGUAUCUUAAGAUGAUACAAUUUUCGCGCGACCCUCUAUUCAGGUGCUUUGCACGACUUUGCUGGAGAGAUGGCGCAGGAAAACAGGUAACAUACGACGAAAAUUUUGCUAUCGACCAAAUGUUGGAUAGCCAAGCUAAACAUGGGGACCGAGUUAUCAAACGCCCACGUUAG